AUGGUGCAUCAUAAAGUUACAAUUAUUGGUUCAGGUCCUGCUGCUCAUACUGCUGCUAUUUAUUUGGCUAGAGCUGAAAUCAAGCCAACCUUAUACGAAGGGUUCUUGGCUAAUGGGGUUGCUGCUGGUGGUCAAUUAACUACCACUACUGAUAUUGAGAAUUUCCCUGGUUUUCCUGAGGGCAUCAAUGGUACUGAAUUGAUGGAGAGAAUGAAGCAGCAAUCGGAAAGGUUUGGUACUGAAAUUAUUACUGAGACUGUUUCUAAAUGUGAUUUGUCACAAAGGCCUUUUAAGUUGUGGACUGAGUUUAAUGAGGAUGGUGAGCCAAUUACCACUGAUGCUGUGAUUAUUGCUACUGGUGCUAGUGCCAAGAGAAUGCAUUUGCCUGGUGAGGAGACUUAUUGGCAGCAAGGUAUUUCUGCUUGUGCUGUUUGUGAUGGUGCUGUGCCUAUUUUUAGAAAUAAACCGUUGGCUGUUGUUGGUGGUGGUGAUUCUGCUUGUGAAGAAGCUUUAUUUUUGACAAAGUAUGCUUCCAAGGUUUAUUUGUUGGUUAGAAGAGAUGCUCUUAGAGCUUCUUCAAUUAUGCAAAAGAGGGCUAUGAAUAAUGAUAAAUUGGAGAUUUUGUGGAAUACUGAAGCUAAAGAAGCGAAAGGAGAUGGAAAGGUUUUGACUUCAUUAGGCAUUUAUAACAACAAGACAAAGACAAAUUCUGAUUUACAAGUUAAUGGUUUAUUUUAUGCCAUUGGUCAUAUUCCAGCAACAAAGAUUUUUGAAAAUCAAUUGAAGAUGGAUGAAAGUGGAUAUCUUUUAACUAAACCAGGUACUGCUGAAACUUCAGUUGAAGGUGUUUUUGCUGCUGGUGAUGUUCAAGAUAAGAUUUACAGACAAGCUAUCACUUCUGCUGGUACUGGAUGUAUGGCAGCUUUAGAAUGUGAAAAAUUCAUUGUUGAACAAGAAGAUUAA